ACAAAACACACUUCUCUUUUUUGUACUUGACAUCUCCGGUUAGCGUCAACCACCUCUUUAACUCCACUAAACAAUCUCCUUCUCUCUCGAUCUUUACAUACACAUAUCUGUAUCUAUAUCUCUCUAGAAAUCUUACUAUAUUCAAACCGACAGAUUACUCUCUCUCUCCCUCCCUCUCUCUAACUAACUCUACUCCAUCUCUCUCUCUCUCUCUCUCUCUCUCUCUCUCUCUCGUGCGAUGAGGAGGAGAUCGCCGCGCUCCUCCGUACGACGCCGUAUAUGUACAAUCUCUAUAUACGCCUUAUACAUACUGUAUAUACUUUCACUUCCGUCAAUUGAGGCCGGCGAUUCCAAUAUAGAUCAGCUCGACGAUGCUAAAAUUAGCGAAGAAUUGAAGAAUGUGUCGCGGAAAGCGAGAGAAGAUAGCUUUGCGGGGAUGAUUGAUCGAGCUCUUGAGAAAGAGUUCACUGAAGGUGAUCAAGUUGAAGAAAAUGAUGCGGGUGGCUUCAACAACAGUGUGAAUGAACAGCAGGCUGUUCUGGAGACUGUCGCUAGAGUCAAGUCCAAGAAAAAUGACACAAAAGAGGAGAAGUCAUAUCGAGUUUUCAACUUGGAUAAUGACAAUGGAGCUGAAGAUACACCAACAUUGAUUGAUAGAAAGGAUAAUGUUUUCAUAAUAUCAAAUUUCAAAUCAAAAUACCCAGUCUUACAAUUAGAUUUGAGGUUGAUUUCAGAUUUGGUAGUUGUCAUUGUGUCUGCAACUUGCGGUGGUAUUGCUUUUGCAUGUGCUGGACAACCGGUUAUGACGGGAUACUUACUAGCGGGGUCUCUUGUUGGACCAGGAGGGUUGAGCUUUAUUAGUGAAAUGGUGCAAGUUGAGACAGUGGCACAAUUUGGUGUUAUUUUUCUUCUUUUUGCUUUAGGGCUGGAGUUCUCCACGGCAAAGCUAAAAGUUGUUCGAGCAGUCGCGGUAAUGGGAGGCCUGCUUCAGAUUUUCCUCUUCAUGUGCCUUUGUGGAAUUAUUGCCUCGUUGUGUGGCGGUAAGUCUUCAGAAGGGGUUUUUGUUGGUGCAUUUCUUUCGAUGUCUUCUACGGCAGUGGUCCUCAAGUUUUUGAUGGAGAAAAACAGUGUCAAUGCGCUUCACGGCCAAGUUACUAUUGGCACACUUAUUUUGCAGGAUUGUGCAGUAGGUUUGCUGUUUGCUCUUUUGCCGAUAUUGGGUGGAACUUCAGGAGUUCUUCAGGGAGUUAUAUCCAUGACAAAAUCGCUGGUAACGUUGAUGGGUUUUCUGGCUGCUUUAACAAUUAUGUCCCGCACUUGUGUUCCUUGGUUCCUUAAGCUGAUGAUAAGCCUAUCAUCACAGACCAAUGAACUAUAUCAGCUGGCAGCAGUUGCUUUUUGCUUGCUUGUAGCAUGGUGUAGUGAUAAGCUGGGUUUAAGUUUUGAGCUAGGUUCAUUCGCUGCUGGAGUGAUGAUAGCAACAACUGAUCUUGCUCAACAUACCCUUGAACAAGUUGAACCCAUUCGAAACUUCUUUGCAGCCCUCUUUCUUGCCAGCAUUGGAAUGCUUAUUCAUGUCCAUUUUCUAUGGAAUCAUGUUGAUAUUUUGUUAGCUUCAGUUUUAUUAGUGGUGGUUGUUAAAACAGUUAUAAUUUCCGUAGUUGUCAAGGGUUUUGGCUAUAAUAACAAGACUUCAAUUUUGGUUGGGAUGUCUUUAGCUCAGAUAGGGGAAUUCGCUUUUGUCCUUCUCAGCCGUGCUUCUAAUCUUCAUCUUGUUGAGGGAAAGCUCUACUUGCUGCUUCUUGGGACAACAGCCCUUAGUCUGGUCACUACUCCAUUGCUUUUUAAGCUAAUUCCUGCUGUUGUGCAUCUUGGGAUUCUGUUACGGUGGUUCUCCCCAGAUUCUCAGACUGAGAUUGUAUUCAAAGGAGAAAACCUCCGGUCUGACAGUGCAAAACAGCGAAUUGCAUUAGUAGCAAAGGAUCUUAUGAUACAUGAAGUUUAAGAAAUAUGCUUGCAGAAUGUGGAUAGUUAAUUUUUGCCCCAAAAAAGAUUGGCAAGUAUAUUAAUGCAAGAGGGGAUGAUUCUGACUUGACACGUCAGGGACAAAGUAUGCUUCGAAGUUCCUUCUUCUGUAAUGCAUUUUCUAACCAGACUAGUGGACAAUGAAGAAACUUAUGCCUGCAAAGACAGGUUCCAGGAUGUGAAGGAUCCAACUGACAAACAGCUAACAAGUAGAGGCAUUACGUGUUCCAUAGAGGUAGAGGUAUGUUACAUUUUUUUUGAUUUCUUCUUUUUCCGAAAAUGUAAAUUUGUUUAAGGUCCCAGUGUAAUCUAGAGUGACUGAUGAUUUGUUUGUUUCAUCAGUAAUUUGUAAAAGAGAAUGAAAAUAGCAAUUCAAACCUAUCAUGUUCUGAAGAACUAAAUGAACUGAUAAUGUAUCAUUUCUGACUUGCAUUUAUAUUGAAAUGAGGGCAUGUGGUUAAUUUUAAA